AUGGGUGGCGGCGAUCUCAACUUGAAAAAGUCGUUCCAUCCCGGUCUGCGGCGGAACCAGCAGGCCGUCUACGAUGAAGAGCAGAAGGCCCUCGCCGAGCGCAAACGAACCCAGCAGCGCAUCAACGAGAUCAAAGAGGAGCGCGCAAAGGAGGAGAUUCAGAGACAGCUGGAAGCCGCUGGCGGCACCAAGCGGGUGGAUCGCGUCGACUGGAUGUACCAGGGGCCUACUGAUGGCCAGGCUGGAACAACGGAAGAAACAGAGGCUUACCUGCUGGGCAAGCGGAGGAUCGACAAUUUGAUCAAGGGCAACGAGCACAAGAAGCUCGAAAAGGCCGCCGGGCAGGACAGCUUCAUCGCGCUGCAGAAUGCCAACAGUGCGCGCGACACGGCGGCCAAGAUCCGCGAGGAUCCCCUGCUGGCCAUCAAGCGCCAGGAACAGGCCGCGUACGAGGCCAUGAUGAACGACCCUAUCCGACGGCGCCAGCUCCUUUCCUCUAUGGGCAUC